ACACAUUUGUGGGUUGAAAGUUGAAACCAUGAAUUCGACGCUAACGAAACCCAAGAGCUGUUUGAGGAAGGCAAGAAGAAGAAGUGGCUCACAAAGAAGAUCAGCCCAUGCAGUCUGCAGAGGUCAAAGAAGCAAUGUUAACGAGAAAGGCAAGCUCUCGGACAAGCUGGAGGCACUCAAGAAAUUGAUUCCUGCCCACAACAACAACAACAACAACAACAACAAUGGAAAGACAGUAAAACCAGAUGAUUUGUUCCAAGAAACUGCAGAUUACAUUGUCUUGUUAAAGACCCAGGUUGUGAUUUUGCAGAAAUUGAUCCAUCUCUAUGGACCCACAGCAACCACAAGGGAUGAAGAACAAAAUCAAUGUGUAUCAUCAUAGUCAACUCUUUUUUUUCCCCAAGACUUUCCAAUGGCAAAAUGUGAAAUCCCUUUAAAUUUUGGUGUUAAGGUUUAGUUAAUUUCUGACGUUUGAGGUUUUUAAUGGCAUAUCUGUUCCAAAUUAUAUCUCCAUAUUCAUUCUUAGCCAACUCAACCACAUUGGGCAUUCAUAUUUUGCUUAGUUUAGCUUUUAAUUUGAAGGAUUUCUAUAUAUAAUAAU